GCCGCCGCUCCGCCAGCGCUGCCGCCCUCGCCCGCCGCCCGCAGCCCGCCGCCCGUGGCCCCUCGCGGCUUGGCGGGCCUGUCCUUUGUCCGCCCGGCCCGACUGCCGCCGAGCUCCCGGUCCCCCGGGCGGUUGCCCGCGGCGCUCGGUGCCGGCUGGGCGCGCAGGGGGCGGGGGCCGCGGCUCGCCCCCCGCGGAUGAGCCGCCGCGGAGCGCGGGCGGACGAUGGAACUCCACAUCCUAGAGCACCGGCUGCAAGUUGCCAGCGUCGCCAAGGAGAGUAUCCCGCUCUUCACCUACGGCCUGAUCAAACUUGCUUUCCUGUCCUCCAAGACCAGGUGCAAAUUCUUCAGUCUGACUGAGACACCGGAGGACUACACCAUCAUCGUGGAUGAGGAGGGCUUUCUGGAGCUGCCCUCCUCGGAGCAUCUGAGUGUGGCGGACGCCACCUGGCUGGCCCUCAAUGUAGUGUCCGGCGGCGGCAGCUUUUCCAGCUCCCAGCCCAUCGGGGUGACCAAAAUCGCCAAGUCGGUCAUCGCCCCGCUGGCCGACCAGAACAUCUCCGUGUUCAUGCUGUCCACCUACCAGACGGACUUCAUCCUGGUGCGUGAGCGGGACCUGCCCUUUGUCACCCACACCUUGUCUUCUGAGUUCACCAUUCUGCGGGUCGUCAACGGUGAGACGGUGGCAGCGGAGAACCUUGGCAUCACCAAUGGCUUUGUGAAGCCCAAGAUGGUCCAGAGGCCUGUCAUCCACCCACUGUCCAGCCCCAGCAACAGGUUCUGUGUCACCAGCCUGGACCCCGACACGCUGCCCGCUGUCGCCACACUCCUCAUGGACGUCAUGUUCUACUCCAACGGCGUGAAGGACCCAAUGGCUGCCAGCGAUGACUGCGGCCACAUCCGCUUCUUCUCCUUCUCCCUCAUUGAGGGCUACAUCUCCCUGGUGAUGGACGUGCAGACCCAGCAGAGGUUCCCUAGUAAUCUGUUGUUCACGAGCGCAUCCGGAGAGCUCUGGAAGAUGGUGCGGAUUGGAGGACAGCCCCUGGGAUUUGAUGAGUGUGGCAUUGUGGCCCAGAUCUCGGAGCCCUUGGCUGCUGCAGACAUCCCUGCCUACUACAUCAGUACUUUCAAGUUCGACCACGCACUGGUACCAGAAGAAAAUAUCAACGGCGUCAUCGGCGCCCUGAAAGUCAGCCAAGCAGAGAAGCAUUAGGAGGGCGUCUCUCCCCUCCCCGUCCACGCCCCAGCCCUGGGCCCGGCCCCACCUGAAGACUCUUCUUGCAGUAUUUCUCCACAGACUGGAACACCGUCCCCAGGUCCCCCAAAGAAAGGGCCUCAGAGACAUCCCCAUUUGCUGACUUCGCCAGGCCUGGAACCCAAGCCGGGACCUCCCCUGCCCUCCGGCCUUCCCAGAGCCCCCAGGCCCUCCAGAGAACCCCCCCCCUCCUCCCCCAACCCCCACUCCAGAAAAUGAUGCCUGAGGCCCAGGGAGCGUGUGAGCUGACCCACCUCCUCACCUGGCUUCGCCCACAGCUGGGAGCAGAUGCUGAAGUAAGCUGGCACCUCCUGCAAGACACUGGGGUCCCGAUUCACAUGUCUUUUUGGGGGGCAGGCCCAGUGGGGCUGAGUCCGUGCAGCCUGGGGUGGCCCCCGUGAGGGCGGGAAGUGGAUGCUGUGGUUGCUGGUCUCGGGUCCCAUCGGCUCGGGCUGGUUCCCGGAGUGGAGGCCAGUGGGCAGCCCUCGGGACACGCGCAGGUGAGGGUCCAGCGGGGCUCGGGUGGGGCGCCGAGCUGGGGGCACCUGGAGCCGCCUGGGAACUCCCCUGCCACGCACAGGGCCCAUGCCCCAACUCCCAGCAAGACUGCCAGCGGGGCCCUGUCCAGACCCUCCCGCCGCAAGCUCCCUCCUGGGAGACCCACCAGCGUGGGGCACGAGUUCCUGUCCCCUCCGCUUCCCUGCGCCCGACUCAGGCAGCGGAGCCUCGGUUUCCCCCAGGCGAGGGUGCUGCCGGCCCCCUGGGCCUGAGGUUUCUUAGGUCGCCCCCUCCCUAACAGUUGACCGGGCCAGCACAGGGCUCCCCUGUCCUUCUGCCCCUCCUUCACCCCGCUUCGGGGACAUGCAAGGCCUCUGCCCCCAACUCCCCUGCCCACCCGCCCCUCCGUCUGGGGCCUGUGGCACUCAUCAGUACUUGAUCUGGGAGGCAGCUUAUCUGAGCCUUAAUAGAGAAAACCGUACUUUGUUUAGUUUCUUAUUUAACGUAUUUGCGCCCAGGCUGAGGCUGGCAGCCAUUUCGGGAAACGGGGCCUGCCUGCCGAGUUCUGUCCAGCCCAGAGGCCCGGUGUCACUCAGCUGGCGCCCUGUGGCUCCGAGGACAAGCGCGAGGACUGGGGGCCCUGGCUCCUCUUCGGAGCGGGACACUGGGAGCAGAGGGCUGUUGGUAGACGGGCCCCAGGGCGCCUCGAGCAGGGCUGCCCAGCCAGGCCUAAUGACAGGUACCCAGGCAGCCGUGGUUCUGAGCGUCAGAGGGGACCUGAGGGCCGUGGGGAGGUGGACGGCCAGGUGGCAGGUCACCUCCCCCGAGGCAGCUGGCCCCCUGGAGGCUAUUCAGGGAGAAGGGGGUCAGGCCUAUGCCUCCUCCCCAGCCGGGGGUGCUUUUGGAGCACACAGGGCCCACCGAGGCCCUGCCUUUCCUGGGCUCGCUCCAGGCGUCAGCUGACAUGACCCCCCCCCCCCCCCGCCCCCUUGCUGAGCUGUGUGGGCCCCUGUGCUGGAAGCCCCCAGUUUCAGAACUAUGCGUCCCAGCCCUUAUGGGUGGGUCUCAGGGCCCACACCCAGGUAGGAACCCACCUUUUUUCUUUCUUAAGUUAAUUCAUUUUGCACAAAGCUCCCUAAUAACCAAAAUGUGUAAACUGUUCACUGGUUCCAAAAUGGAGGUGGCCGCAUGGGUGGGGCGGCACCUGAAGCCCCGAGUCCCUUCCCUGUCCGUGGAAGGCCUCGGUCUUCCGUGGCGGCCUCCCCAGGCCCCUCCUGCCGGUCCCCAGCCACGUAACGGCUUUUCCUCCCUUCUGAGCAAGCUCGUAGGCCCCGUGACCCCAGAAAUGCGUGCUCCCAGGCCCCUAGGGCGCAUCUAUUGUACACGUAUAAAUACCUGUGUUUUAUGUUGAUAGAGAUAUAUACUGUAAAUAGCAUAUAUACUUGAGCAAUAUAUAUGUUAAUAUAUACCAUGUGGGCACGCACACACGUGUGUGUGCGGUGUGUGGACACAGACCCCACUGUGUGCGCGCAUGGGCAUGAGGGCCUCGCCUGCCACAUCUGCCGUGCACACAGGCACGUUGCAGCCACCAUGUGCUUUCGGUUCGAGUAGAUGGGCAGUGCGCCUUUGGGAGAAGCCGGCCGCCUCAGCCCUGCCCGGAGAGAAAACAAAACCAGCAGCUCAGGAGCUGAGCCCCAGGUCCGGGUGUCGAGGUUCCUCCCCCUUCUCCCCAGUCUCCCUGGAAAGUUGGGUUCAGCUCCUUCCUGCACCCCCAUCUCCACAGCUGAGACCCUGACACCUGUGUAUCCAGAAGAAGGUAGAGCAGAGAGAGGAGGAGGUGGGCGGGACCUCUUGCUUUCCAACAGACCAGUCCUCUUGCCGCUGCCCCUGACCUGGAGGCCUGGCCCACCGGGUGGUCGCCCGAGGCUCCAUCCAGGCCCCUGCCCCUUGCAUGGCUGGUUUUAUGCUGAUGACUUACCCGAUUGUUUUCACCUACAAGUUUAGAAACCUCAGGCUCUCUUUCCUGGUCUCCUGGGUGCUCGCCCCAUCUAAGAAAGGACCUGAGUGAGCCCUUGAUGCCGUGUCCAGGGAGGGGACGAGGCAGCUGCCGCCGGGACACCCUGCCCUCUACUUCCCGGGCCUGCGUGUGCGGUGGCCCAUGGGGGCCGGGGCGCAUCCUCUCGGGUCUGUGCGGUGUGUGCGUGCCUGUGGUUAGCAGAGCCGGUGGUUGGGUCUCCACAGCAUUCAGGUGGGGGAGGGCAGGGAGCGAGUGCUCUUCCCACUGGUCAGCUGCCCGCCCCCCAUCUGCAGGUUUGCUGGGUGUGGGGGUCUCCAGACCCCAGGCUGUGCUCAAAGGGAGCACAUGCCCAGACCCACCAGAGGUGGCCUGAGGAAUGUGCCCCGUCAGGUUGGGGAUUUCUCAGUUCUGGCUGGGGGUGCGCAUGCA